CACAUUGUCGUGUUUUCUGUUCGAAACGAUGAGAAGCCGACAGGCAAGCGACUUCUGGCCCGCCGGCUCCUCCUCUUCCAAGCUGUCAAGUACAGCAACCUUAACGUAGCUGUCCAUGUAGUAACUGUAUCAGAUUGUAAAAGUGUUACGAAGAGCAAAAACAAAGUGGUUGGCUCAUUUAUUACCCCGUUCUGCCGAUAGGUUAGUGGUUGGAAAUGUAUUGGGCUGCAUGGUUGCAACUGGCCAAGUUAUCUUUCAAAUUGGAAGUGGUUUGACAGCUCGCUGCCUAUGCCUUGCCCACGAAGGCGCCCCAACAACGGAACAUGUCGCGACGGAGUAUGAGGCUGGUUUUAGGGGGAUACUACAACCAAUCCUCCGAGGAUGACGAAUCCUCCUCAGUUUCCUACAGGGAGAGCCCUGUGAGGGUCUUUACCAAGAGGAAGAGAGGGGGUCAUAAAGUGGCCUCCACUUGUACCUCCAGCCGGGCCAACAGCGUGGCUAGCACCACUAGCACGAUGGAGCCACUCAGUAAUGCUGAGGACAACAUUGGGGUCUCAAGUUUGGUUCAGAGGAGGAAGACCUUCCAGGAGCCUCCCAGUGUGGCUCCAGCACCAGCCCCCAGCCUGAAUCUGGCUCCUAGCCCCAGGGGCUUCCCCUCCUGCCAGACCAGCCUUAACCAGGCCCAGAGCCAGAGCAGCACCAUGGACAGCUCUGGUUACUCCUCUUCAGAGGCAAGACGUUUCAAAGGAUACUCUGGAUACACGUCUUUGUACGGACAAAGUGCUAGCGCCAGCCAGAGCUCUGGCGCCAGCAGGAAAAGCUCCAGCUGGACCCCUCCGUUUGUCCCUGCCGGUGUGGGGAAGGCCAUUCUAAUUGCCUUCCUCCUCCUCUUGACUUUUGGCUGCUGGCACCUUGCCCCCUUAGUAUGGUCCACCCUGACUCCGACUAUGACCCUGAACCGACCAGUCAUCACCCCGACUCCACCCCCUGUCUUCAGUCUGCCUCCCAAGGCUAUGGAUGAAGCGUCAGUAUUCAAUUCUGCUUUGGAAGCCAAGAUGAACACCAUCCUGACAGAAAUAGAAACACUUAAGAAGAAAGACCACCAGCAGACAUUUGUUACCGAGAUGGUAGAGAGACUACAGACAGACUUGACAGACGUGAGGACAGACAUGAGGAAUGUGAGAGUGGACAGUGUGGAUCCUUUGGAUUGGGAACGUCGUUUGAGCCAGCAGACAGCCGGCUUCUCCAGUCAGGUAGACGACCUCAAGGAGCAACACACACACGUCAGGGGGAGAGUCGCUGCCCUGGAGGACCAGACUGCCACGCUGCAGCAACAGGUUUACUCUGUCCAGAACCAGCCUCCCCCAGAGCCCAGCCCCACCAAAGCCAACGCACACCUGACCACCGAGCUCAAAGAGGCCAUGGCCAAAUGGCUGCAUGAGAAUGUGCCCCAGAAUGAGCCACGGAUAGUGAAAGAGAUUGUGAAGGACUGCAGUCCUCCAUUGGCUGACAGGAUGCCGGACUUUGCCUUAGAGUCCCAAGGUGCCAGCAUUGUGAGCACUCGGUGUUCCGAGACGUACCGCACCCGCUCGGCAUGUGUGACCUUCCUGGGCAUACCUCUCUGGUACUCCUCUGAGAGCCCCCGCACAGUUCUCCAGGGCCAGCCUGCGCAGGCUGGGAAGUGUUGGGCGUUCCACGGUGCGCAGGGCACCUUAGUCAUCGCCCUGUCUCAUCCCGCGCACAUCACCCACGUCACCCUGGAACACCUGCCUGUAUCCACCGCCCCCACCGGACGCAUCGACAGCGCCCCCAAGGCCUUCUCUGUCUAUGGUAUGUCCACCGAGACAGAAGACGGCACCUGCCUGGGAACCUUCACUUAUGACCAGCAUGGAGAGCCAAUCCAAACCUUCCAACUGCCCAACCCUACCACGGCCACCUAUCGCUAUGUGGAGCUGCGCGUUCUGAGUAACUGGGGUCACCUGAAGUACACGUGCGUGUACCGCUUCCGUGUUCACGGACACAUGGCCCCAUCCUCCACAUGAGAAGGGCUCACCGUCCACCAUCUACCCCAUCCGCAGACCUCAGAGAGGCUACGCUUUCAUGUUCCGUCAACAUCAUGACAGUCUAAAUAAAUCCCUCUAUUUUGCAGAAUCAGGGUGGUUUCAUACACUGGCUUCUGUCUAGUGCGAGGUUAGAGGUCGUGAGGUUAAAGAUCUAUAGUGAUUUUUUUUGUGCUGACCUGGUGGGAGUAAGGGGAUGGGUUUUUCUGAGAUUGAAGUUUGUGUGCGUGUGCUUUUGAGCAUAGAUUGUUUGCAUUUUGUCUGGCCACAGCAGACAGACAUUUCAGAUUGUACCUUGAAGGUGUGUGUAUAACAGUCCUGCCUGUGUUACUGGACUCUUAUUCAGUUAUUUUGUUUGCUUUUAUUUGUAUCUUAUACAACAGUUGAAUUAUGUUGAGAAAGAACGUUGUUGUGGAUGUAUAUUUUGCAAGUAUCAAGAUGUAUAGUUAAUAUAUUUUAUUGCGAUAAGGAUGUAAUGUGGUUGCAAAUGAUUAUUUUCUGUUGCUCUGAAUGACUAUCAAAGUUUUUGAAGUACCUUGCCAAUAGGCAUCCUAUUGAAAGAUGUUUGAUAUGAUUUGAGAUGCUUGAUAUACGUUUCCUCACACAAUAAUACAGAAUAGAAAGAAAUAGGCAGGCACACUCCAUGAGUAUUGUCUUUACUCAAAAACGCAUCUUAGUUUUACAUGUCUUGUCACAUUUAUUUAUUUCAAGUUACUCUUAACAUUUAGCCUUUUUUUUUUUUUUUACAAUUCAAAUAAUUUUGAUAGUAGUGAAAGCACAUCCAGGCAACUUCCCAGAUGCAAGGUACAAAUGAUAGAAAAUAAAUACAUAUUUAUUUUGUCUUGAAUAACUCUUUCCUCUCAAAAGCAAUGAGGCCAUUUCAAUGUCAGUGAGUCCAAAUGUCAGGUUUUCAACUUCCAAACAUUUGUAAAUGGUACAAAAGUAACCUACUCAUUGCUAUUCUAUGAUUUAAAUCAUCAGAAUGUUUUUAGGAGUCAUAUGUAACUUUUUUUUGUACAUUUACAGUAUUAUUGAUUUAAACAUUUUGCAGUAGUGGUACAGACUAACAAAAGACUGAUUGUAAGAAAAUACUAAUAUGAGAAAAUAAUCAUAUGAUUUGCUCUCAAUACCACUUUGAGGUAUUUGUUUUGAUCUGAAGUUACAACAACAACUCCGGGUCAAUUUCUGUUUACUUAUUUUCUGUUGAAUUGGACAAAGAAUGUUUCCGUUAGAAAUGCAAUUUAAAUUCCUGAAAUGACUGGCAAUAUAUAAAUAAUGAAUGUGUAUGACAUCUUUUUCUACUCUUUUUAAAAUACCCUUUUUUUGUUGUGUUACUUUCAUGCAAUAGUUAUUUGAAAGCGAGGCAUCUUAACAGGUAUUUCAGAUGUUUAGAAUUGGGUUUUCAAAAAAAUAUACUUUUAGUUAGGUGUGUGUUCAAUUGGCACAAAACAGAAUCUUUGUUUAUUUUUUUUUAAACAGUAGGAUUAAAAAAAUGUUGAUAUUACCUGAACUUGUUCCAUAAAAAAAUGCUCAAUUAUUCUGUUGCCUAACAUUUUUGCUACAUUGUGCUCAACAGAACACGGCCCAGGUGAACAUAAUAGUCAUAUUUAUUUAAUUAGGGUUAUUGUGUUUUUUUUAUUUAUCUUUAAUCAGUGGUCCAACUUAUUUCAUUGAUUUGUUAUUGAUGAUGCAUCAAUAUUGUAGCAUGUAAUUAAUGCAGGCUAAUAUAAUGAGACAGCAGAAGUCUUCCCUUCGACUGUUAUAGCCGGGGGUGCUGGCCUGUGGUAGUAUAAGGUUAAGAGUGACAUUGAGGUGACUAAUGAAACCUAACUUCUGCUUUUACCUCCUGAUUAUUUUCACUGCAAUCGCUCAGCAAUUCGAUGCAUUCAUUGAUUUUACAUAUAUAUAUAUAUAUAUAUGAAGAUUUUAUUUUGUUAAAGUAUAGCUAAGUACUAUGGUGCUUAGGUUUUAUACACACCAUAGCCUUAAAUCACAUGGAGUUAUGUCACUAUACUCUCUGAAAUGUGCACUUGUUCACUUUCUAUCAGGGAUUGCUUUUAAAAAAAGGGUCAUCUGGAAUUGUUACAUCCAUUUUUGGACUUUAAAAUGAACUAGAUGGUCCGGUUAACCAUAAUGAUAGAUUUGUUUCACUGAUGGGGUUGUGCUUGUGUGUCGUUAUUUUUAAUAAAUUUGCUAAAUGUUCUAUA